AUGACGGAUAAUCAACAGCAGACUCUAGAACAACCAACUUCAUUUAGUGAAAGAAGUAGAAGUGUUUCCUUUUCGAAAUUACUUUCAAAAUCAUGGAGAUGGAACAGUAAUUCUACUGGUAAUGGUAGCACACAGGGAUCUACAUCAUCUCAUGAUAAUUCCCCAUCCCAAUCAAAUGUAAAAUUAACAGAAAUGGGGGAACCUAAAAAUUUAUUACCUGAAACUAUAGUCACACCAGCAGAUCCAGAUAUGAGUUCCAGAUUCUCCAAAUUCAAAAGUAUAUUUCAAAGUAAUAAUACUAGUCCGGCUAAUUAUACUAGUACUGCAUCCAAAAACAGUAGUAAACAACCGGACACUUUACAAAUAGAAACUAAGGAGAAGAAGUUGUCAAAUAUGAUAACUGAACCACAGUCACCUGUUCUUCGUUCCCCAAUGCAUGCACAUCUUGAAGCACAUUACCACCCUUAUACAUCUCCUACUUCAAAAUCUAAUCCUCGUUCUCCAAUGAGUGAACCAUUGAAUCAGGAAUCUUCAUAUCAACAACAAAAUUUAGUCAAUAACGAUAAUAAUAUUAAUAGUGGUAGUAGAAAACGUUCACCAUCUGCACCAGUACUACCAAAAUCCCACGAUAUCAGUGUUAUUGAUAAUGAUACAUAUAAUUCUUUUUCAAUGAAUUCUGGGUAUCUACCGCCAGCAGCCUUAUCUUCUACUUCAACGACGUCUUCACCAUAUCAAACGAGAAAUUUGAGUAACAUAUCAUUGAAUGAUAUCAAGGAGGAUGAACAAGUCAAUAAAUUUAAUCAAUAUAAGUCUCCAUUACGCAAGGGAAGUAGUGGUCCAAUUCAGAAGAUAGUGUCUCCUCUUAAGACAGUUUCCCAAGGUGGAAGCCCUAAUGAGAGCCAGGAGAAUAUACAACCGUUUCCAUCUAUUAUUGUGGGAUUGACAGAUGAAGAGAUGGAUGAACCUCAAGACGAAAGUAUCCUUCGUAAUGAAAUAAAGACACCACAAUUGGGAUCACCUAUAAAGGAAAAUAAGAAGCUUCUAAUUGGUGGUAAUAAAGAGAUUACAGAUAUUACGAUACUAGAUUUUCAACCAACAGAACCCCCAAAGGUAUUUGGCGAUAAAGAGCCAAAGAGAUCCCAACGGUUAAGGACAAAAUCAUUUAGUAAUAAAUUCAAAGAUAUAACUGUUAGUCCCAAGUCGUUUGAGAAAGUUAGAUUAUUAGGUCAAGGUGAUGUUGGUAAAGUUUUCCUUGUCAAGCAAAAGAAUACUAAUAGAUUAUAUGCAUUGAAAGUGUUUAGCAAAUCCCAAAUGAUAAAGAGGAAUAAAGUUAAAAGGGUAUUAGUUGAACAAGAUAUUCUAGCAACUAGUAAUCACCCAUUUAUUGUAACAUUAUAUCAUUCAUUUCAAUCAGAAGAUUAUCUUUACCUAUGUAUGGAGUAUUGUAUGGGAGGCGAAUUUUUUAGGGCAUUGCAAACAAGAAAGAGUAAAUGUAUCUGUGAGGAUGAUGCGAGAUUUUAUACCAGUGAGGUUACAGCAGCUCUGGAAUAUUUACACCUAUUGGGUUUUAUCUAUAGAGAUUUAAAACCUGAAAAUAUUUUAUUGCAUAGAUCCGGUCAUAUUAUGCUUUCUGACUUCGAUCUUUCUAUUCAAACGCAGGAUGCCAAAAAUUUUAAGAUAAAAUCGCCAAUGAUAACCUCUGGACAUAACCAGUCGGCAAUGAUAGAUACAAAGAUUUUCUCAGACGGUUUUAGAACUAAUUCUUUUGUUGGUACCGAAGAAUAUAUUGCCCCUGAAGUGAUUCGUGGUAAUGGACAUACAGCCGCAGUGGAUUGGUGGACACUUGGUAUAUUAAUAUACGAAAUGUUAUUUGGAAUGACGCCAUUCAAGGGAGCAGACACCAAUAAGACAUUCUCUAACAUUUUGAAAAAUGAUAUAACAUUCCCAAAUAAUAACGAUAUUUCCAGGCAUUGUAAGGAUUUGAUAAAAAAACUAUUAUGUAAGAAUGAAUCAAAAAGAUUGGGGUGUAAAAUGGGUGCAGCUGAUAUUAAGAGACAUCCAUUUUUUAAGAAAGUCCAAUGGUCAUUUUUAAGGAACCAAGAACCACCACUAAUACCAAAGUUAACUGAAAAUGGAUUUGAUUUUGUUGCAACAUCUGCAAAGAAUAAGAAAAUAAAAAAUAUGCCAUCAAAGAAGUCACAAGAUGGUACAAACACUGAUAAACCAAAUGAUGAGUCUAAGAUUGACUACAGCAAAAUUGACAUAUCAUUACUAUCGCUAGAGGAUCAAGAAAAGGUUAUGUUUGAUGAGCCUGUUGCUAACGAUGACGAAGUACCGGAAGAUGAUCCAUUCCAUAAUUUCAAUUCGAUGAGUUUGAUGGAAAAGGAUAACGAUUCUAUGAUAUAUGGUGAUAAUAAUUCGUAUGGUAAGAUUGCAUAUACGCCGAACUCUAACCGUUCUAGGAGUAACAGUCAUCGGGCCUUUUUUAAGAAAUAA